AUGGCCUCUUCUUCGAUUGCAUCCAUUCAGAAAAGCUUUACAUAUGAUGUAUUUUUGAGUUUUAGAGGUGAAGACACACGCACCAAUUUCAUUGAUCAUCUUUAUAAUGCUCUUCAGCAGCAAGGCAUUUAUACUUACAAGGAUGACGAAGCAAUUAGAAAAGGGAAAAGGAUCAGUGAUGAGCUCAUCAGUUCCAUUAAAGACUCAAGAUUCUAUAUCAUUGUUUUCUCCAAGAACUAUGCAUCUUCAGCUUGGUGUUUGGAUGAGCUUGUGAUGAUAAUGGAGUGUCACAAGACGACUGAGCAUACUGCAUACCCCAUCUUCUACGAUGUGGAACCGACAGAGGUCCGGAAACAAAGCGGGGCAGUCGGAAAAGCUUUUGCUAAACAUGAAAAUGAUGAGGCUGCUGGGAAAUGGAAAGAGACUCUAAAAGAAGCCGCAGAUCUGGCUGGAUGGGAGUUGAAGAACACUGCAAAUGGGCAUGAAGCCAAAUUUAUCCAAAAAAUUAUUGAAGAAAUUUCACUACAGUUACGUUCCAUUGAUUUCAAUGCUGAUGAAAAACUAAUAGGCAUGGAGACCAGGGUAAAGGAUGCUGUAUCAUCUUUAGAAAUUGGUAUUGAUGAUGUUCGUGUAAUCGGUAUCAAGGGGAUGGGAGGUGCUGGGAAGACAACUUUGGCCAGAGCGGUUUUUGAUCAAAUAUCCUUUCGGUUUGAAGCUAAAAGCUUUGUUGAGAAUGUUAGGGAAAAUUCAAAUACUUCUUUGUCUGGAUUGAAAUCGUUGCAAAAUCAAGUCCUUAAAGAUGCCAUAUUUGAUCAAGGCAUCAAUGUGAGUAGUGUUCAUGAUGGGAAAAUCAUGAUGAAGAAGAAGAUGCGUAAUAAAAAGACUCUUCUUGUUCUAGAUGAUGUGGACCAUAUUGACCAGCUUGAGGCGUUAGCUGGUGAUCUUAAUUGGUUCAAACCGGGAAGUAGAAUUAUCAUUACAACAAGAGAUGAGCAGGUGCUUGUGGCACACCGGGUGAAGUUGAUUCUUGAUGUCAAUUUGUUGUCGAGAAAGGAAGCGUUUGGGCUCUUCAAUAGGUAUGCAUUUGGGGGAGAGAUUUCAAUUCAAGGGUAUGAAGAGCUAUCGGAACAAGUUAUACGCUAUGCUGCUGGUCUUCCCUUAACGAUAAAAGUUUUGGGUUCAUUUCUUUGUGGUAAAACUAAGAGUGAAUGGAUAGAUGCACUAGAAAGAUUAAAAGCAAUUCCAUUAAAGGAAACUCUUCAGAAAUUGGAAUUAAGCUACAUCAGUCUUGAGGAAGAUUACAAAGAAAUAUUCCUAAAUGUUGCAUGCUUACUGAAAGGAUGGUUGAAAGACUUGGCAAUCGAAGCGCUUGAAAGUUGUGGAUUUCAUGCAACAAAUGGUUUAAGAGUGCUUGAGCAAAAAUCUCUUAUAACUAUUAGUAAACGUUAUGAGGUUGUGGGCAUGCAUGACCAUAUUGAAGAAAUGGGCAGAAAUAUUGUUCGCCGUUUGCACCCAAAUAAGCCUCAGAAACACAGCCGAUUGUGGAUUGACAAUGAAAUUAAAGAUAUAUUGGCUAAUGACUUGGGUACUAAAGCAACAAGAUACAUACAAUUCAAGUUAAUGGGAGGCAAUUUUGAAAUUGUUAUGAAGGGUCUUAGAAAGAUGAAGGAACUUAGAUUUCUUCACAUAUCUGAGAAUACAAUGUGUAAUUUUCUGAACUCAAUAUAUAAUUUUGGGGAAGAAAGGAAAUAUGAUAAUGUCAUCCAAUACUUUCCAAAUGCUUUACAAUAUCUGCAUUGGGACGAGUACCCUUUAUGGUCUUUACCCAACACAUUUCAAGCAAAUAAUCUUGUUGUCCUUAGGAUGGUUAAAAGCAAAAUAGUACAACUUUGGGAAGGGGGAGAAAGAAAGGUUCUUAACAAGCUCAAAAUUCUUGACCUCAGUUAUUCAAAGUUGACGACCCUUUCUCUUGAGCUUAGUCCAAAUCUCGAGGUGUUGUCUCUAAGAAGAUGUCGUGACUUGGUACAACUUCACAUCCUCAAUGGAUGUCAAAAGCUCAAAUCCAUCGACCUCAGUGAGUCAAAGUUAAAGACAAUCGACCUUCACCCAGCUGUGAACCUCGAGCUCUUACAUCUUAAAGACUGCAAUGCUUUGGUAGAACUCCGCUUACCAAAUGGGCGUCUAAAGCUCAUAUCUGAUAACCUCAGUGGUUCUAAGUUGAAGACCAUUGACCUUCAUUCAUGUGUGAAUCUCGAGCUUUUACAUCUUAAAUACUGCCCUGCCUUGGUAGAACUUCACAUGCCUGGUAAAUGUCUGAAUCUCAGAUCCCUGACCCUCACUAAUUCAAAAUUGAGAACCCUACACAUUGGGUGGACUCCGAAUCUGGAGGAUUUAGAUCUUAACAACUGUUAUGAUUUGGAAGACCUUCACAUGGCUGAUAAAUGUCUAAAGCUCACAUCCCUCAACAUUAGUCAUUCAAAGUUGAAAACUGUUGACCUUGGGUUGACUCCAAAUCUGAAGAAGUUAGAUCUAAAAGAAUGUAAGAAUCUGGUACAACUUCAUGUUCCCAUUGGAUGUCUAGAAAAUCUUGUCUACUUGGACUUAAGUGGCUCUUUCGGGUUUACAUCUUUUUUGUUUGACAAAAGGAAUGCUGCUUCUAGUAGAAGGGAUGAAUCAAUCGAGGUUUGUCCUUUAGCUGAGUUACAUCUGAUUGCAGAAUCCAUAGAGAGAUGCCCACUUCACCCCGACAAUACUUUGCAAAGGUUUCAGUUUGAAUGUUUUUACAAAGAUGAUACCUCAGUGACUGGGAAUCUUGAGAAGCUUAUUUCUGAAGGUCUGUGUGCUUGCACAAACCUUGAGACAUUUUCAGGAAGCAUUUGUGGGUUAUGGCGUUUAAGAAAGCUUAAACUCGAUGCCAAUCCGGAGGCUCCCAAGGAACUUGACCAGGUGGAAUGUCUAGAAGAGCUAAGUUUUUCUAGGACAAAUAUGAAACAUCUUCCGGAUAGCAUUUGUAUGUUGAAACAUUUGGAAAUUCUUCAACUUAAAUAUUGUUGGAGUCUUGAGAAGUUACCUGAGGAUCUUGGCCAAUUAGAAUGUUUAAGAAGGCUGACUUUGUCAUCUGCAAAGAUUAAACAUCUUCCUGAUAGCAUUUGUAAGUUGAAACAUCUGAUAUUUCUUGAUCUUAUAGAUUGUUUCUUUCUUGAAAAGUUACCCGAGGAUCUUGGCCGAUUAGAAUGUUUAAAAAGUCUGACUUUGUCAUCUGCAAAGAUUAAACAUCUUCCGGAUAGCAUUUGUAUGUUGAAACAUCUGGAACUUCUUCAACUUAAACAUUGUUGGAGUCUUGAGAAGUUACCCGAGGAUCUUGGCCAACUAGAACGUUUAAAGACGCUAUAUUUGUCUUAUGUGGAGAUCAAACAUCUUCCAGAUAGCAUCUGUAUGUUGAAACAUCUGAGAACACUCAAUCUUAUUUGUUGUUCUUCCCUUCAGACAUUACCAAAGGAUCUUGGAAAAUUAGAACGUUUGGCAGGGCUAUAUCUUUCAUCCUCAAUCGUCAAACAUCUUCCGGAUACCAUUUGUAUGUUGAAAUAUCUGGAAUGUCUCAGACUUGAUGAUUGUAAAUUACUUGAGAAAUUACCGGAGUAUCUUGACCGAUUACAACGUUUAGAGCAGCUAGGCCUAGGGGGGUGUAAGAUUUUACAAGAUAUCCCAAUCGGCAUCUGUAAGAUGAAAUGUUUAAAAUGGUUAAAUGUAGCAGGCACAGGCAUAAGUCGUCUUCCGCAUGACAUUUGUUUGUUGAAAGGCGUGCGUAUUUUAGGAUCGAGAGACCUUUUUCAAUCUUCUGGUUUUUCAUCCGAGAUACAAACUGAAGAUACCUGUUGUGAAAACCGAUUCACAAAGAACUAUUCUAAUAGAUCCAAAUACAAUCUCAGAAUUGAUCAAGAAUUAAAUAAAAAAAAUCAUAGAAACGCAUGUGGAUUUCAUGCAAAUUGUACUUCACAAGAUGCAAUUGGAACACAUGCGAGGACUUUGCAUGUGAAGCUAUUGGGUAGAAAAGGAAACAUCACUAGCUUUUGAGUGGGAAUUGAAUAAGUAAAUUACAAUGGGAUAGGUUGAAGGAUUCAAGUCAUUGCGACUUCACUAAUUCAUGGUUUUUAGUGAACAGAGUUGACUUCUUUAGAAAGUCUUGAUGACAAUGGUGGGAAGUGGGAACUUUGAUAUGAAUUUUUAAAUGGUCAUGUGAAUAAUAUGUUAAGUAACAGUUUUUGCGUAAUUUAAAACCAUAAACAAGUUUUUAUUUACACAAAUUUGUUGGAUAGUAUGGAUUCAUUAAACAAAAGAUGUUUGACUUUUGAGUAGAC